AAUUUGUUUAGACUUCACAUAUAUUAAUUCUUUUGAGAGGAUUCCUGGACUGAUACUCCUGUUGUAUCAUUCCCUGUUAACACUGGUUGGCUCUUCAUUCCUCUUACUGUUUCUGUUGCAUUUGGUGGCUCCUGGAUCUGUCUUCAGUCUUUCUCCCUGCAUAAGGUCCUUUCACCAGCUCAAAAUAUGACAGCAAGUUUCGGGAAUAACACUUUUCAAAAAUUCUUGAUUUAACAUAAAAUGAAAAUAUAAUUCUUGCCUACUGAAAAAAAUGAAUCAGAUUUAAUGUAGAAUUGUGGAAUUUACUCAUUAAAGCAGAACUACAAAUAAAGAAACCAUAAUUUGCUAUUUAACUUUAGGAGUCACCAGAGAGCAAGAAGUCACUGGCAGGCAUAUAUUCCCUCAGAGAGGAAAUCAGAUGAGCAGGUGACUCAUUAAGCAUGCCUUCUGGUUGGAGCCUUGGCACUGAAAAAGAACAUUCGAAGGUUUCCCUCCUCCAGGUGAUGACAAGAUUGACACUGUGAGCAGUAAAACUGGAAGAAAAGCAGAUGAGUGCACAUGUGUAGGUCUGACUCCACGCUGAUUCCACAGGGAAGACCAUCAGGGAAGGUUCAGACAUGAAUUUCCCAUGUGAAGUGGAUUUAGAGGAGCAGUGCCCGGUGUGUGGAGAUAAGGUUUCUGGAUACCACUAUGGCAUCCUCACCUGUGAGAGCUGUAAGGGAUUUUUCAAAAGAACUGUUCAAAAUAACAAGACAUAUGUCUGUGUGGAAAACCAGCAGUGCAAAAUUGAUACAAGUAAAAGAAAAAGAUGCCCUUUUUGCAGAUUUCAGAAGUGCCUUAAUGUUGGAAUGCGGCUAGAAGCUGUCCGUGCAGAUCGAAUGAGAGGAGGCAGAAACAAGUUUGGCCCCAUGUACAAGCAUGAUCGUGCCCUCAAGCAACAGAAAAAGGCUUUGAUACAAGCCAGAAGAUUGAGAAUAGAAAGUAACCAAAAAGAUGUUACUUUUACCAGCAACAUCCACUCAAUUGCUAUCCUUCACAACACCAAACUAAAUCCAAACCAACUUCCGUCCCAGCCCUGCAACUCACCUGCUGUAUUACAGCACCAAAUCACCUCUCCGACUAACUGGGCUAUGAAGUUAGAGAACUGCAGCAACUCUGUAGAAUUGGCAGCCCUUGCUGAAGCAAUCAUUGGUCCACAUCACACAUCCUCCCGAUCAAUUUCUACACAAAGUCCAAGGAUACCCCAGCUUGAGAUAGAGUUUCUGCACUGUGAUCCACAUGACCUUCAGCUGCAGAAAAAUAUCUUUUCUUGCCUGCAGCAGGAGCAAGCCUGCAGGCACAGAGAGCCCAGCACUUUCAGCUCAGUGUAUGUGAUGGCUGACCAGCUGUUGUGCUCUAUUGUGGAGUGGGCUCGUACAUCCAUCUUCUUUAAGGAACUAAAGGUCUCUGACCAGAUGAAGUUGCUACACAGCUGCUGGAGUGAGCUGUUGGUUCUGGAGAUAAUCUCCAGACAGGUACUUUAUGGCACUGAUGGUGGUCUGCUACUGAUCAGUGGGCAGCAGGGGGAACUGUCAUAUGUUGCGUCUCAUGCUGGCCCUACUUUAGUCAGCCUGAAUCAAAGAGGGACAGAGCUUGUGGAGAAGUUUCGAAUGCUGAAGGUAGAUCAUCAAGAAUUUGCCUGCAUCAGGUUUCUAAUCCUGUUUGCCCCUGAUGUCAAGGAGCUUGAAGAACACCGUUUUGUAGAAAGUGUGCAGCAGCAGGUUGAAGGAGCCCUCCUAAAGUACACACUGGCCUCAUCAUCGCAGUCCUGCAACCGUUUCACUUGUCUGCAACUGUAUCUGUCAGAGCUACACUCCCUCAGCAUACUAGCUGAAGAUUAUCUGUACUACAAACAUCUGAGUGGUGAGGUGCCCUGCAACAAUCUGCUGAAUGAGAUGCUACACGCCAAAUGCUGUUGGACAUGAGCUGAAUUGUUCUAGAACAACAUGCAAGACACGACUGUAAAGUCAAAAAUCUACUUUACAUUUGUGUAAUGAAGCAUUUGUGUUUAUCCUAUUAUUUUCAACAAGUUCUGCUUCAAUUUUGUUCUGUACUACUGCUGCAUCAGUUAAAUUAAAUUCAUUUGAUGUACUUGUAGUUUAUGUACGUGAAUAUAUAUUUGUGGGUAAGCAAAUUAUCUCUUUCCUUAUUAAAAUUGAUGCUUUUGUGCUGACAUAAAUUCA